GGAAGAUCAAAUCAACUUUUUCGACUUCACAUCAUGGACGGUGCCGCCUUCGACCAGUCAAACGCCGCUCUGGCGGAAUUCCACGCGGAGUACGAGCGCAAGAUCGCGGAAACGGCCUUGGAGCACGAAAAGGUCGGCGAAGAGAACCGCGAGAAGGCUCUUGCCGCCAUGGAACAGUUCAAGACGGAACGACAACGUCUCCGCGACUCGAAGGUGCUAGCGAACCGCACGCAAGAACAAGCAACGGUCGAGAAGCUGACGGCCGAUUUGACCAACGAGAACCCGUGGGAGCGCGUGGUGAGCCUCGUCGAGUUGGAGUCGCAAAAAUCCAAGACGGCCAAGCGCCUCGCGGUUGAAGCCAAGGCCCGCGGCGAAGCCGUGGACAACAACAAGGCGGCGGCGGACGCGGACGAAGUGGACUUGACCCGAAUGAAGCAAUUGUUCUUGCAACUCAAGGCGGAACCUUUGGAUUUGACGCGUGCGCAAGCAAAUGGCAUUGCGUCGCAUUAAGUAGUCUUCCACAUCGAAUCACUUCAUAUCGAACCAUCGAUCCAUCGAUCCAUCCUCGAUACAUUCAUUAUCUCGUCCA